CCCUGCUGCUGCUGGGCAACAGCCGAUUGGAAGAAUUCCAAUUCUCUCUCUAUCUCUCUCUCUUUCUCUUUUCUCUUUUUUAUAAAGAAACAAACAAAACCAUCGCUAACCUGCUUAUCUCCCAACAAACAUCCCGUCCUUUUCAUCUCUCCUCUUAUGUGUAACAUUCUUUCAUCUGCCUUCACAGAGCUUCAUUUAUUUCGAUGCUUCUUCAUCUGGGUUCCUUUCUACCAAUAAUAUAUAGAGAAAUAAAAAAAUCUGGGUUUCCUUUUCUCUGUAAUUACUCACAAUUUGGCUGGAUAGAUACUUUUCUGCUUUAAUCGAUUUCACUCUUUAGUUUUAAGCAAAUUAAACCCACAUCCAUUCAUUGAUUCAGAACUUGGUUGCUGGCUGUUGAAACAAUUUUGGAUGCAGGUGAAUAUUUUAUCUCCUUCUCUCCUCUCAUUCCUCAUGAUUUCAAUGUUCGAUCAUUCAUUUACUUCAAAUGAUUUUAGGGGUGGGUUUAAAGCAUGUGGAAUAAUAGCUUUUGGAAUUCAUUAAUUAGCUGUAUUUCCAUCUAUGUUAAACUGAUUCAGACAAGUACCCAUAAAUCAAGGAAACCGACAUUGGUACAUCACCACAUCACGAUCUCAAUACACACUACUACUGCUGCUGCUGCUACUACUACUACUACUACUGAGGGAGAAAGAGACAAAGAAAUGUAUGAAGAGCCUCAAUACUUUGAUUCCCAUGAUCCCAACCACAUGGCAAUAGCAGCAGCAGCAGCAGAAGCAGAAUUAGUUGAUUGCCCUCAAACUGUCACAAACUCUUCUCCUCUGUCACCACCACCACCACUCAUGGCAGAAGGAGGAGGAGGUAGUAGCAGCCACAGCCAUAAUAGCAUGGAAGACAACCUCAAGCUUUCUGGGUUCUCCCUUGACGAGAUUUCCAACCACCACAACUCCUCCCAUGAUGGUGACCCCGUUGCCGUUGCCGCCUCCAUUGGAAUCGACCUCCAACAGCAUUUGGGCUUCGAUCUGGAGCAUGAGUUCAAUACAAAUUUGCUGCCAGAGAUGCUUCAAGAUCCCAAUCAACCGCCUAUGGUUAACCCCAACUGGGAUUCUUCCCGACUCCAAGAGAUGCAAGACAUGAAUUAUAAUCCUCUUCAGCACCAGCACCACCACCAGCAACAGCAACCACAACAGAUGGGUUUGCAGCAGAAUCUGCAAUGCUUCAAUUCCAGUACUGCCUUUGCAACCCCAGACCUUCUCAACCUCCUACACUUACCCAGAUGCUCAGACUCCUCCAUGCUCUCUAAUCAAACAAUCUCUUUCUCAAACAAGAAGCCUUCAAAUUAUCCGGCUUCAUUGGAUUUCUUCAGUGAACUCCCUACUGCCACCGUCACCGAUGGUAAUCCGGCAUCGUCAUCAUCGGUCUUGUUUGAUCACCCACCACCACUUCAUCUGAACCUUCCCCCACAGCCUCCUUUAUUUAGGGAUCUAUUUCACUCUUUACCACAUAACUAUAACUUACCUGCCUCAAGAGGUACUAGCACUACAGGUGGUUCCUUAUUUGGUGGAAUUGAUGACAGAGAAGGAAGUGGAGGAGGUCUUUAUCAGGAUGGGGAUGGUAGACAAUUUGAGAAUUCUGUACUGGACUUCAGGAGAGACAUGGCUGGUUUGGGUAGAGCCGGUCGUGGUAGAGGAACCCAUAACUUUUCCACCGAGAAGCAAAGGAGAGAACAAAUAAAUGAGAAGUACAUGGCACUCAGGGCACUGAUCCCAAACCCUACAAAGGAUGAUAGAGCCUCAGUUGUUGGAGAUGCAAUCGAGUACAUCAAGGAGCUGCUGAGAACAGUGGAUGAGCUCAAAGUAUUGGUUGAUAAGAAGAAAUGGAGGCAAGAGAGAAACAAGAGGUUGAAGCUAGAGGAAGAGACAACAGUGGACAUGGAGAGUUCAUCCAUGAAGUCUCAUCUUAGCACUCUCACCGACCGUGAGCAGUCUUUCAAUGGAUCGUUAAGGAGCUCAUGGAGCCAGAGGAAAUCGAAAGAGACGGAGGUCGAUGUAAGAAUCAUCGACGAUGAGGUAACCAUCAAGCUUAUACAGAAAAAGAAGAUGAAUUGUUUGCUUCUUGUAUCCAAAGUCCUGGAUGAACUCCAGUUGGAGCUCCUUCAUGUUGCUGGUGGAAAUAUUGGAGAUUAUUAUAGCUUCUUAUUCAAUACCAAGAUAUAUGAAGGUUCUUCUGUUUAUGCAAGUGCAAUGGCCAAGAAGCUUCUUGAGGUUGUGGAUAGACAGUAUACAACAUUCCCUCCUGCUCCUGGUAGCUUUUAGGGUUUCAUGAAAGCCAAAAGUAGAGCUUA